UUUCAGGAAACUAGCACUAGCCUUCAUGAGUGAAUGAUCUGAUGUGUAUCAAGGAACUACUGGGGAAGAUCCGGUGGAGGUGAUGAAGAUACGGCGGGGACAGGAGCAUCUCUGAGGAGGAAAGGCUGAGAGUGGUGGGGAUGUUUAGCCUGGAGAACAGAAGCGUGAGAUGACACUUUCUAAAGGGUUGGAUUGCAAUCAGCUGUGUCAGUUCUUGUGAGGAGUUAACUUUGUGAUCAGAAAUGGAGAACAGGACUCAGCUGUUGCAUCCUGAGUGACUGAAUCCUUUUAGUACAAAAUGGAGAAGAAGCGUAGAAAGAAAUGAGCCUGUUCAUAAGGCUUUACCUCAAAAGACCAUGAAAUCUCAACUGGUUUUGGACACAGCUUUAAGAAUAUCCACUUGAUCAGCACAGUGAAAGCAACGUUUACUGAAAGGAAAAUGAACUAGUUUAUAAAGAAGAAAAUUGUGAUUUGAAUAUAUGGAAUUGCUGGAAUGAAACCAUUUUCUCUUGUGACCAUGAAGUUUGCAAACAUCUGGCUUGUUCUGGUUGUUAUUUUACUCUGUGGCAAAAAACACUUCGGUACCAGACUAGGCAAUUCCUCUCAUGAGGCUCACCUGUGUCCUGGAUGUUCUCGCCUUACUCUGAAAGUGGAAUUCACUUCGACAGUCGUGGAGCAUGAGUACAUCGUGGCUUUUAAUGGCUACUUCACAGCUAAAGCUAGGAGUAAAUUCAUUUCAAGUGCACUAAAAAGUAGUGAUAUUGAGAACUGGAGGAUCGUACCUCGCAACAACCCAGCCAGUGACUACCCCAGUGAUUUUGAGGUUAUUCAGAUCAAUGAGAAGCAGAAAGCUGGAGUACUGACGCUGGAAGAUCACCCCAACAUCAAGCGUGUGACCCCUCAGCGGAAGGUCUUCCGCUCGCUCAAGUAUUCUGAAGCUGAUCCCACAUUGCACUGCAAUGAAACCAGAUGGACUCAGAAGUGGCAGUCAUCUCGGCCCUUGAGAAGAGCAAGUCUGUCUUUGGGUUCUGGCUUCUGGCAUGCAACAGGGAGACACUCAAGCAGGCGUUUGCUGCGAGCCAUCCCACGCCAAGUUGCUCAGACCUUGCAGGCAGAUGUCCUGUGGCAGAUGGGUUACACAGGUGCUGGUGUAAGAGUAGCAGUGUUUGACACUGGUCUGAGUGAGAAACAUCCACAUUUCAAAAAUGUAAAGGAGAGAACAAACUGGACUAAUGAGAGAACUUUGGAUGAUGGUUUAGGCCAUGGGACUUUUGUAGCAGGUGUAAUAGCCAGCAUGAGAGAAUGCCAGGGAUUUGCUCCAAAUGCAGAACUGCACAUUUUUAGAGUGUUCACCAAUAACCAGGUCUCAUAUACAUCUUGGUUUCUGGAUGCCUUCAAUUAUGCAAUUUUAAAGAAGAUAGAUGUCUUGAAUCUAAGUAUUGGUGGGCCAGACUUCAUGGAUCAUCCAUUUGUUGACAAGGUAUGGGAACUGACAGCUAACAAUGUCAUCAUGGUCUCUGCCAUUGGCAACGAUGGCCCUUUGUAUGGGACUCUGAAUAACCCUGCUGACCAGAUGGAUGUGAUUGGAGUAGGUGGCAUUGACUUUGAAGAUAACAUCGCUCGCUUUUCAUCUAGGGGAAUGACCACUUGGGAGCUGCCUGGAGGUUAUGGUAGAGUGAAGCCUGAUAUUGUUACUUAUGGCUCAGGAGUGAGAGGUUCUGGUAUGAAAGGUGGAUGCCGCUCACUCUCUGGGACAAGUGUGGCAUCUCCUGUGGUGGCAGGGGCUGUUACUCUGCUAGUGAGCACGGUUCAGAAGCGCGAGAUGGUGAAUCCGGCAAGCAUGAAGCAGGCGCUCAUUGCGUCAGCACGCAGACUUCCUGGAGUCAACAUGUUUGAGCAAGGACAUGGCAAGCUGGAUCUUCUGAGAGCUUAUCAGAUCCUCAACAGCUAUAAACCACAGGCCAGUUUGAGUCCAAGCUACAUUGACUUGACAGAAUGUCCCUACAUGUGGCCCUAUUGCUCUCAGCCCAUCUACUACGGAGGGAUGCCCACCAUUGUUAAUGUCACCAUCCUUAAUGGUAUGGGAGUCACUGGAAGAAUUGUAGACAAGCCAGACUGGCAACCCUAUCUCCCUCAAAAUGGGGACAACAUUGAAGUGGCUUUCUCCUAUUCCCCUGUGUUGUGGCCUUGGUCUGGAUACUUAGCAAUUUCCAUCUCUGUGGCAAAGAAAGCAGCAUCUUGGGAAGGCAUUGCUCAAGGUCAUGUCAUGAUCACAAUAUCAUCCCCUGCAGAAAAUGAAUCUAAGAAUGGUGCAGAGCAGAUUUCAACGGUGAAGCUGCCAAUAAAAGUGAAGAUAAUUCCUACUCCGCCUCGCAGCAAACGAGUCCUGUGGGAUCAGUAUCACAAUCUGCGCUAUCCACCGGGAUACUUCCCCAGAGAUAAUUUGAGGAUGAAGAACGAUCCAUUGGAUUGGAAUGGUGACCAUAUCCACACAAACUUCAGGGACAUGUACCAGCACCUGAGGAGCAUGGGGUACUUCGUUGAGGUUCUUGGUUCCCCAUUUACAUGUUUUGAUGCAAGUCAGUAUGGGACUUUACUGAUGGUGGACAGUGAGGAAGAGUAUUUUCCUGAAGAGAUCACCAAGCUGAGGAGGGAUGUAGACAAUGGCCUUUCACUGAUAGUGUUCAGUGACUGGUACAACACGUCCGUGAUGAGGAAGGUCAAGUUCUACGACGAGAACACCAGGCAGUGGUGGAUGCCUGACACUGGAGGUGCCAACAUACCAGCCCUCAAUGACCUGCUUUCUGUCUGGAACAUGGCCUUCAGCGAUGGGCUGUACGAAGGGGACUUUACCAUGGCCAGUCAUGAAAUGAAUUAUGCCUCGGGCUGCAGUAUUGCCAAGUUCCCAGAAGAUGGCAUCGUCAUCGCACAGACUUUCAAGGAUCAAGGUCUUGAAGUUUUAAAGCAGGAGACUGCUGUAACUGAAAAUGUCCCUAUUUUGGGGCUGUACCAAGUUCCUUCUGAAGGCAGUGGUAGGAUUGUUUUGUAUGGUGACUCCAACUGCCUGGAUGACAGCCAUCGACAGAAAGAUUGCUUCUGGCUGCUGGAUUCCCUCCUGCAGUACACUUCCUACGGGGUGACACCACCGAGCCUCAGCCACUCUGAGAACAGGCAGCGACCACCGUCAGGAGCAGGCUCCACUCUCCCUGAGAGAAUGGAAGGUAACCACUUGCAUCGAUACUCAAAGGUGCUGGAGGCUCAUUUGGGAGACCCUAAACCCCGGUCCCUUCCUGCUUGUCCUCACCUGUCCUGGGCCAAACCACAGCCUUUGAAUGAAACUGCACCCAGCAACCUUUGGAAACAUCAGAAGUUGCUGUCCAUUGACCUCGAUAAAGUGGCUCUGCCCAGCUUUCGACAGAACCGACCCCAAGUGAGACCAUUGUCCCCUGGAGAAAGUGGAGCAUGGGACAUUCCUGGAGGGAUAAUGCCCGGCCGCUACAACCAGGAUGUAGGACAGACCAUUCCUGUCUUUGCUUUUCUUGGUGCCAUGGUGGUUCUGGCCUUCUUCGUGGUACAGAUCAACAAAGCCAAGAGCAGGCCCAAGAGACGGAAACCUCGAGUGAAGCGGCCGCAGCUUAUGCAGCAGGUUCACCCACCAAAGACGCCUUCUGUGUGACAGCUCUCACUUGCCAAAGAUGACCUCCUCCUGCUGGUUGCUCUCCUGGGUGAUGGACCACUCCCAGUGAAGGUAGGACUCGUUCACACCUGACAUCAUCUCAUAGCCCUUGCUUUCUGCAGAGGAAAAAGAAGGGACUGCAGUCGAUGGUCUGUCCAUAAACCUGCAGCUUUAAGCAGCCGAAGCCACCAAAGACCUGACUCCCGUUCCAGUGUCACUACAUGUCCCAGGAGGGGAAAAUGGACCUAUUUGGGGGGUUCCUUCAUUUUUUUUCUAAGCUGACCAAACUAAAAUUUAUUUGUUUAGAAGCUAUUUUCUAUAUUUAUUGCUGGGGGGGGGGGGGUGGGGGUGGUGAAAAGUCACUUUAAGGACCUGUGCUAAGGCAAACCAAGUGCAUUUUUUUGGAUGGAAUGCAAUUUUCUAGGGGCUGGGGGGGAAGGUUACACCGAGGAGUGUCACACGCACCGUUAAAGGAGGGGAAGAGGUGAGAGACACCAGUACCAGUGGGUGAGACUUACUCCUGCAGUUUAUUUUUCUAAAGCCAACUACCAUGAUGUUUUUUUGUAAUUUUGGGUCAUGAUUUCACCGUUGUUGGUGAAGCAGAUUUUCAAUAAAUACGUUAUCUAUAUGAAGCUGA